AUGUGUCGCUUUCACAAGCUUCAGCCAUUUUGUGUUCCUGCCCCUUUCUUCUAUGACAAAGAAAUGAGUGCUGUUCUAAUGCAAGAUCUUUCCGGAUAUCAAGUAAUGCGCUCUGAUCUAAACAAAGGCGUGGUCAAUACUCAAACUAUUGAGAAUGUCAUGACUGCCAUAGGAGCUGCUCACUGCUUGACUCUUAAGGAAUCUCUUGGAGAUAACGAACACAAGACAUUUUGUGAAACUUUCAAAAACACAGCAAUGGUCUCGAUCACUGAGCUUUAUGUAUUUGUCAAGCCGUAUCGUCACGAAGACGACACGAAUAAACACCAUCCACUCCUCAAUGAAGAGGCUCAGAGGUUGAGGUCUAACAAGGAGGCGUGUCAGAGGGCGGAGUCAAUGAAGAAGCUGUUUUUAGAGGCUCGUCAGUGUUUGUGCCACGGGGAUCUCCACACUGGGUCUGUUAUGACUCUUGGCAAUGAUGCUAAGAUGUUUGAUCUUGAGUUUGCAUUCAUAGGCCCUGCAACGUUUGACUUUGGAACGUUCCUGGCUAACAUCAUAUUCUCAAUCUUGCGCCAUCACUGCCUCAAAAAUAGUAAAGCAGCAUCUCUGCUACAAACUGAAGGUCUCCAUUCAGCAAUUACUGGCUACACUCAAUCAGCAGGGGGCACUAUUGUUACUGAUGAUGCUUUCAUUCGUGAUACUUGUGGUUUUAUUGGCUGUGAGCUAAUAAGGAGAGUCGUUGGUGCAGCUCAUGUUUCAGAUCUUGAUGACCUGCCGGAAGGAGAAUUGCUCUCGCUUCAAUUGGGACAAGAUUUCCUUCAGCUUCAACCAGAACCUAACCAAGACCUGAUGACAAUC